AUGUACGGCACCCUCUACUACUUCGAGAACGUCGGCUCCGCGACGUCGCCGAGCUACGCGGCCAGGACCGGCAGCGCGAACCCCUUCGACGGCAUCGACGUCGGUUCCAACAGCGCGCCCGCGCUCGCCGACGUCGACGGCGACGGCGACCUCGACCUCGUCGUGGGCGAAAUGUACGGCGCCCUCUACUACUACGAGAACGUCGGGUCCGCGACGUCGCCGAGCUACGCGGCCAGGACCGGCAGCGCGAACCCCUUCGACGGCAUCGACGUCGGUUCCGACAGCAAGCCCGCGCUCGUCGAUCUCGACGGCGACGGCGACCUCGACCUCGUCGUGGGCACAUACGUCGGCGCCCUCUACUACUACGAGAACGUCGGGUCCGCGGCGUCGCCGAGCUACGCGGCCGUCACCCCCAUCUCCAGCUCCUUCGACAUCAUCGACGUCGGUAGCUGGAGCGCGCCCGCGCUCGUCGACGUCGACGGCGACGGCGACCUCGACCUCGUCGUGGGCGAAUACGACGGCGUCCUCAACUACUACGAGAACAUCCCGGAACCGACGGUGCCGUCGCCGACGACCGCGGCGCCGUCGCCCGGCACCCCCGAGACGACGCCUCCGCCCACGCCGUCGCCGACGACGCCCGCGCCGUCGCCGGGCACCGCGGAUCCCACGCCCUCGCCGACGACGCCCGCGCUGUCGCCGGGCACCGCGGAUCCCACGCCCUCGCCGACGACGCCCGCGCCGUCGCCGGGCACCGCGGAUCCCACGCCCUCGCCGACGACGCCCGCGCCGUCACCGGGCACCGCGGAUCCCACGCCCCCGCCGACGACGCCCGGGCCGUCGCUCGCGUCGCCCGUCCCGACGCCCUGCGACCCGCGCCACGCCGCGUGCGUGGGCGGCGACGGCUGCGGCGCCUUCGAUAGCGAGUCGUCGUGCCUCUACGCCGUGGCGACGGACGGGGCGACGUGCUACUGGCUCGGCGGCUGCGACGACGACGCGUUUCCCCGCGACGACGACGACGGCCCCGACUUUGACCCGACGGCGGCCUGCGGCGGAUUGUCGGGAGACCUCGCGGCCGACACCGUCUUCAACGACCUCUACGCGUGCGUCGUGGCCGCGGGCGUGGACCCGGGCUCCUUCGACGACGACGGCGCCGCCGCGGACGACGGCGCCGCCGGCGGCCUCCCGACGUGCGCGUCGAUGCAGGCCGAGGUCGACGUGGGCUGCGGCCAGGGCGUGCAGUUCGGCCCCUGCGCGUCGGAGUUCGAGGCCUACUACGUCUGCUCCAUGGACUACAUGGCGCUCACGUAUUUGGGCGAGGACUGCGGCUUCGCGUGUCCCUCGAGCCCGCCGCCCCCGUCGCCCCGGCCCACGGCCGCGCCGAUGGCGCCCACCUACGAGGUCGCGGGCACGAUGGCCUUCGCGGGCGUCUCGGUCGAGGACGCGGCCGCGCACGAGGACGUGUUCGUCGCCGCCAUCGCGGGCGUCGCGGGCGUGCCGCCGGAAGACGUGUCGAUUACGUCCUUCGCCGCCGCCGCCCGCCGGCGCCUCGACGAGUGCGAGCCGUGCGACGGCGACGCCGGGUGCGGCAACUUGUACACCGCGGACGACUGCGCGAACGCCGCGGAGGUGCUGGGCGACCCCGGCAAAGUCUGCGCGUGGACGCCGUGCGACGAGGAGGGCGGCGGCGAUACCGCGGCCGUCUCGGUCGCCUACGCGAUCCGGUCCGCGACGGCGGACACGGCCCAGCUCUGCGUCGACGCGCUCGCGGCGGCGACGGGCGACGACGUCGACACGGCCGUGGUCGCCGCCGCCGCGGCGGCGAGCGCCGCCGACGUCUUCGAGAGCGUGACGAUGACCGCAAAGUCGGACGCGACCGCGGCCGCGACGACGACGGAAUCCGACGGCGACGACGACGGCGCGGAGGACGCGGGAUUCCCCGCCGUCGUCGUCGCGGGCGUCGGCGCCGCCGUGCUCGCCCUCCUCGGCGGCCUCGUCGCCUACGUCGGCUGCUCCUCCAAGGGCGCUCCUCGAGGCGCGCUCCGAUGGGUGCAAAAGGGGUUCGCGGGCCGCGGCGGCGUCGCGCGCAUGGCGAAGGCCCAGAUGGCCUUGAGGAGGAUGCCCUGGGGCUUGUUCCUGGGCUCGGUCGUCGUCGCCGCGGCCUGCGUCGCCUACCCGGAGCUGCACCACCUCUACCGCACGGUCAAGUGCGUCGUGCCCGGGGACCGCAUCACAUCCUUCGAGGCGCAGCGCGGCGACGGCGGCUGCUGGGCGGCGUUCAACGUCAGCGUCGGCGACAGCUGGGACGCGGGCGCCGGCGCCGUCGCGGACUGCCUGGGCGCGUGCGGCGGCUGCGGCGCGCUGAGCGCGCGCACGCGCUGGACGGUCCACUGCGCCGAGGACGCGGCCUGCGCCUGGUACGCGCGCACGAGGCGCGGCCGGCGGCCGCGGACGUGCGGCAAGGGAUGGAAGGCGUACUUCCAGGACCUCGUCGUCGUCGGCCUGUUGGGCAAGUGCCAGCUCGAGGCGGCGGACUACAUCCGCGCCUUCGUGCGCCUCCCCGGCGACGCCGAGGCCGGGCCGACGCCGCCGGGCCGCGUCCUCGACGAGCUGCCGUGCGAGUACCCGCUCAACCACCGCUGGAAGGUCAAGCGCGGCAAGAAGGAGACGCUCUACGCCUUCAUCCACAACCAGACGGAGCAGUUCCUGCGGCCCUACGUGGCCGCGGCGGGCGAGGCCCUCGCGCCGGUGACCGGGCCCGUGCGCGCGGCGACGGCCGCGGUCGUCGACAAGCUCCAGCCGACGCGGGCGCCCGCGCGGUCGCCGCGCCAGGUCCCGGCGCCCAUCUACGACAAGCCCCGCGUCUUCGACGACAUAAUGAAGCGCAAGCGGGUCGCAACGCUGGAGCCCGGCGUCUACCGGCGCGAGGCCGAGUUCGCGGACCCGGACGACUUGCAAGCGUUCCGCGUCGUGCGCACGCGCGCGGGCGGGCUCGUCAUCUUCGCGCUGCAGACGCCGCAGCUCACGGAGACGCAGUCGACGACCUACGGCGGCGGCGGCGGCUUCGCGCUGCUGCGCCGGGACUUCGCCGUCCGCGACGGCCGUUCGAUCGUCGACGCGGCGGACCACUCGCGCUGGACGCUCGCCGCGCCGCUCGACGCGUCGUUCUACUUCCGCGGCGACGAUUUCGGCGCGUUCGCGGCCUGCGUGCGGGCGCGCGGCGUCGCCGUGUUCAAACGCGCGCUCUCGGCCGCGGAGGUCGCGGAGGCGCUCGACGGGUGCUGGUCGUGGGUCGAGCGCGCGUCGCCCUGGCGCCGCGGCGACCCGGCGACCUGGAACGCGGAGGGCACGUGCUUCUCCGAGCGGCACGGCGUCUGCUUCGUCGCCGGCCAGUGCGAGGGCAGCUGGGCCGCGCGGUCCGCGCCCGGCGUGCGCGCAUGCUUCGCGGCCGUGUGGGACGGCGCGGACGACCUCAUCGCGUCCAUGGAGCCCCUCAUCCUCUGGCGGCCCUGGCGCGACCCGUCGGACGCCGCGCGCACGGCGGGCGGCUGGCUCCACUACGACGACGACGAGGCGUGCUACGACGGGCGGACGACGGUGCAGGGCCUCGCGGCGCUCACGCGCCACGGCGCCGCCGCGGGCGGCUUCGUCGUCGUCGCCGACGGCGAGGGCGGCGACGACGCACCCGUCUGGCGCCACGUCGCGCUGGACCCGGGCGACCUCGUCUGCUGGACGUCGCCGACGCUCCACGGAAGCGAGCCGGGCUGCGACGCGGCGGCCUUCGACGACGGCCGGCUGCUCCGCGUCGCCACACCCAUCUGCAUGGUCCCGCGCGCCGCGGCGUCGCCCGCCGCGCUCGCGGAGCGGCGGCGCGUGCGCGCGGCCGGCGGCACGACGACGCACCGGCCGCACCGGCCCGACCUGCGCUUCGCCGAGGGCCUGGAUCCGCCCGCGGCGCCGCGGCCGCUGUCGCCGGAGGCGGCGCGCUUGCUUUAAACGUCGCUCUUUCCUC